GUCUGUAGUUUUUUUUUUCCACCGCUAAAAUCGAAAAAAGUAUAUAUCCAUUUAUUAAUCCAAUCAUUUAAUCUACCAAAUGCAAUCGGUCCCCAUGACGCUUUAGUAACUGCAAAUUUAGCAUCUCGGGCUCCCUUACUAUAUUAGGUACUUGUACCGAAUCGUAAAUAUAAGGGCAGUACUAAGUAGUAAGUACUAACGUGGUUAACGUGUGAUGGUGCGACGUUGCCGCUCCGCUACGACGCUAUGUAGAGUGAACUGAAAACAACAUGGCGUCUGCAUGCCGCGUGUUUUGUGCCGAUAUUGUCGAGUGGGACCUUCUUUUAAUCCGAAAAAAUAUAAAUAAAUAAUGUAAUUGGUGAUUUUGUGUGAUACAGUUAAAACCGUUUAUGGCGACAUAGUUUAAAACAACAUAGAUACCGGUUAUAUUGAUUGUAACCGUGUCGAAAACAUCGCUUUUUACGACAUUGCUUACAACGACAAACGGCAUUAAGCUAAUGUUUACGGAGAAUUUUAUCAGUAGAAUAACCAGCUCAGCUGUAUUGUAAACAAUUUGAAUAAUUUCGUAAAAGUAAAUACGUAUUGAGUUUAGGGUCUUUUGUAAUUGUUAGAAACAAUACACGUGCGUACCAUAGACCCAUAGAGUGAACGUUUCUUCAAUUCUUCAGUUAGUUUGUUAAUCAUCUGUACACAAGACGUGCCAAGACAUACCGUUGAAUUAAUUGUGGAACUUACAACAUGUCGGCAUCAAAAAGAAAGCCAAUUAGUAUCGAAGAAAAAUCGCGUAUUAUUUCAAAGAUAGAGAGCGGAGUUCCCAACAAAGAUUUGGUAAAAGAAUAUGGCGUACGACACUCGACGAUUUCAUCCAUUUGGAAAGCGAGGGAUAAAAUCAAAACCCUCUAUGACAAAAAUUGUUUAAAAAUGAAACGAUCGAGAACAACGAAGCAUGCGAAGAUUGAGGAUGCAGUGUUAAAAUGGUAUAGACAUCAAAGGACAAAUAAUGUGCCAAUAAAUGGACCUAUGCUACAACAAAAAGCAAACGAGUUAGCUCAACGUUUUGAUGAAGAUUUCGUUUUUACGCCUAGUUGGGUUCAACGUUUUCGUGCUCGGCACGGUAUAGUCGGCCGGAUAACGAGCGUUGAAGUUGCCAGUGUUGAUAAAGGUACUGUAGAUAAUUGGAUGACGCAAAAGUGGCCUACAAUAUGGGAAGGCUACAGACCGGAAGACAUCUUUAACGCGGACGAAACGGGACUUUUUUACAACAUGAAACCAGACAGGAUUUCAAAGUUCAAAGGAGAGAACUGUUCGGGAGGCAAAAUGGCCGAGACGAGAUUAACGAUCAUGGUUGCAGCAAAUAUGACAGGUUCCUGUAAAAGGAAGCUUUUAGUUAUUGGCAAUUAUAAGACACCAGAAUGCUUUAAAACAGGCUCACUGCCGGUAAUAUAUGAAAACAAUGUGAAGUCAUGGAUGACAUUGGAAAUCUUUGAAAGAUGGUUACGCAACUGGGACGAUGAAUUAAAAGCAAACAAUAAGAAAGUUCUACUUUUGGUUAAUACCUGUGCUGCUCAUAUGGCUGUCACUAAUCUGAAGUUCAUUAAACUUGUGUUUUUACCAUCAAAUGUAUUGCAACCUAUGGACCAAGGUGUAAUAAGAUGUAUAAAAUCCAAUUAUAGAAAACUGCAAGUGUUACAGUUAUUGCAAAACCUUGAAACUAAUAAUGAGAAAAGCUUAACGGUUCUUGAUGCCAUCUUGAUGGUAGCAGAAGCAUGGGAAAAUGUUUCACGGAAAACUAUAGCUGACUGCUUUAUACAGGCAGGUUUUACGUCGAUGCAUGAUGAUGAUGAAGAGGACAAUAUUUCUUUAUGCCAAUUAGCCCAAAAUUUACGACCUGCUUUAUCUACUACUGAAGCAAACGAGUUUAUUGAUGUAGAUAAGUCUGUUGCGAUUUGUGAAGCAACUACGGAGGAUCAUGUAAGAGUUCAAAUAGUUAAAGAGGAAUAUGACAAACAAGAAUACUCUGAAGAACAAUUGACAGUACCAGAACUAGACAGAACUUUGAACGAUGCGCCAGUUACGGUGGAUAAUAUUGUAAGAAAAGUUCAAGUAGUUAAAGAGGAAUACGACGAUGAAGAAUACUUUGAAGAACUAUUUACAGAGUCAACUUUGGAUGAUGCACCAGCUACGGAGGAUCCUUUGAAUGAUGGUUUAAAUGCUUAUGCACAAACUGAUGAUAUUGUACAAGUUCGAGAAGUUCAAGAAUUUCAAGAGGAAUAUGAUAAUCAUGAAAACUCUGAAAAACAAUUUACAAUGCCAACUUUGAAUGAUUGUCUCAAUGCUGUUAGUGUAUUACGAAAGAUUUUUCUUUUUAAUGAUAAUUUCCACAUGCAAGGAAACUAUGACGAUACGUUGAUUAGAAUCCAACGUGAAUUACAAAAUGUGUAUGCAAGACAGAAGUGUUCUAAACAAGCUAAAAUGCAUAUAGAAAAAUAAUAUUGUACUUUCCAUCGAUCGUAGAUCGUUAGAUGGGCCUCAAAGCGUCACGGAAUUGUUAUUGGUUUCGCACAUUGAGUAUGUUAUGACACAUUUCUCUUUAUUCAUGUUGUGGCUUGUGUUUUUACACUUCCAUAAUGAACAACAAUAAGGGAUUAAACAAUACUAAAAUAAGAUGUGGGUGCACGUCUUUGAGUAAAGACAUAGCAUUGUGCGUCCUUUAAUAUUUAGGGGCCCAUCUAACAAUUUAUAUCGAUGGUUCUUUCAUAUUACACGUUUUG